AUGUCCAUACUCACUCAAUCGCAACUCAAAGAGCUUCGCAUUACCGAACGAGAAGAGUUCGAACGGAAACUUGAAGACUUGGAGAUGGAAGAUGAUCCCCUUCAAAUAUACGUUGAUUACAUAAGCUGGAUACAUACGCGUUAUCCUCUGGGAGCCAACACCGAAAGUGGGCUAUUGCGUUUACUCGAGAAGUGCACGUCAAGCUUUAGAGAUGUUGGUCACUACAAGAAUGACCCUCGGUAUUUGAAGAUCUGGCUUGAAUAUGUGCGGUUUGCCGAAUCAAAACGGGAUAUAUUCAUUUAUUUGGCUAAGAAGGAGAUUGGAAGUCAAUUGGCAUUGUACUACGAGGAGUUUGCCCGGCAUUUAAUAGAAAUAGAUAAAUGGAACGAUGCUCAGGAAAUAUUGGAAAUGGGGUUGAAAGUUAAGGCACUGCCGUUUGCUCGUUUAUCUCAAAGUUACCAGAGGUUUCUCACUGAAGCCAAGGAUAGUAGGUCAUCAUCUUCAUCUGGCCAUAGCAGACAUGCAUUGGUUACUGUUGAAGAGUCAGCUACCCUUUCUCGUUCAGAGGAAGCUGUUCCUGGAAAUAGGAAACGACAAAAAAUUGAAGUCUUUAGAGACAAUACUGACCAACAGAACAGUAUAAGUUCUCAGCUUCAACCUGGAAAUCAAUCAGAGCUAGGGUCUUUCAGUGUUAGACGUAAAGAAAAUUAUGUGGUUCCAGAAAAGUGGUCAGGACAAUUGCUUCGUCAGCAGAGUGGUCAUGAAAGACCAAUCAGUAGCAGUAAGUUUCAAGUCUACAAUGAUGAUGAUAAUGAAAACGUAAACUCUGUGCCAGAAGUUGAAAGGACAUAUGUAACCACAAAUACAGGAGAAACAGUAACGGUGGUGAAACAAACAGGCAAGACAACAGAACGCGUGUGGGUUAAUAUGCAACUAUUAAAAACGGAAACAGGAGAAGAGUUAUGUUUUGAAGAAGUACUUGGGAGAUUAAUGCAAGAAAAGUUUAAGAAGUUGAAUAAGGAAAUGGAUGCUGAAAUACCCAACAACAACAUGUUAAAAGUGUCAAAGAAUAAACUAUCAGCAAAAACCGUUCAUCCAAGUACACCAAGUUCACCGACUAUGACCAUGUAUUCCAAAAUGGCGAAUCAUGAAGUCAUAAAUAUGUUCAAUGAUGCAGCACAAGAUUUAAAUUCUGAAGAUGAAGUUUCACUUAGAAGAGACGAUACAACAACAAAUUUUGAUGGGUUUGUAACAGAAACUGUAAACUUUCAUCCAACCAAAGAGGCAUUAGAGCCAGAACCCACACCACCUACAGAUAGAGAAGAAGAAACUAAUUUAGGACUGGCACCUAGCUCACCUUUCUUAGAGAUGCCCUCAAUGAGUUACAUUGAUUACCCUAUUAAAACUAUUGACCCAUUAGAUCUUGCAUUGAGACAACAAUUAUUAUUACAGCUAAGCAUCCCACUAUCAAUUUAUACCACUUAUCAUAAGUCAAGUUCAGUUUCCAAUAUCAUUUCCGAACUACAGGAUAGCAGGAGAUCGAACAAACCAGUGAUUUUAAACUCCUUUACAAAUGAAGGUUUGAUCUCUAUCAAAUCGUUUUUGGGUAAAGGAGGUUAUGGUCUUGUCUAUUUGGGAGAAACUGAGUCAGCUCGACCAAUCGCCAUAAAAAUGGAGUCCCCUGCCUCAAAUUGGGAAUAUUACAUUCUCUCACAAGUUCAUAAAAGGUGUCGAACAGCCCUGGUGGUAAGACCACAAGCAAUUUAUGAAUUUGAAAAUGAAAGCUUUAUGCUAAUGGACUAUUUUCCACAGGGGACAGUUUUAGAUGUGGUUAACGUUUUUAAGCAAAACGACAUUUCAACUCAACUUGGUGAAGAGUUUGCACUUUUCGUAGCCAGUCAACUUCUUAAGACAGUUGAAAAGUUGCAUAACGUGGGUAUAAUACAUGGCGACUUGAAAGCCGACAAUUGUCUUGUAAAUAUCGACGAAGAAUUGGUUGCCGGUGGUAGAGAGGAUGGCAGUAUUGUUUUAAUAGACUUUGGAAGAUCAGUGGAUCUAAGCUUACUUCCAGAUACUGUGCAAUGUGUUAGUCAUUGGAAGAGUGAUACUCAGGACUGCACAGCAAUGAGAAACGGUAAACCUUGGAAAUACGAUGCGGAUUAUUAUGGCAUUGCAUGUAUUCUUCAUACCAUAUUAUUCGGAGAAUAUAUACGAACGAUCAACCUGUCUUCCGGGACAAUUAGGCUUUCAAAUCAAUGGAGGCCGUAUUGGUCUUCUGAAGUUUGGGAGCCAUUGUUUGAUUUCCUUCUUAACCCAUACGUGAGCCUAGACGUUCAACAGAAACCACUGCUUUCUCAUGAGCUUAAAUUGCAUUAUUCUCACAUUGAUAAGCAUUUACGACACCAGACACGAGCCCUGAAAUUAAGAGAGUCAUUGAUAGCAAUUAUUGAUUCCACGCAUAAAUAG